AUGCACAUUGGGUAGCGACUGUUGCUGAAUGCGAACGGCUGCCAUUUUGAUCUGAAAUAACUAGGGUCUGUAUUUCUUUGGCGCAAUAAUAAAUGGUUUAACUUAGUAGAUACAAUAGCUUUUUGCUUUCAGUUUUGAGGCAAAAUGCUUUCCGCAGCCCAGUUACUCGAUGAGUUGAUGGGUCGAGACAGAAACUUGGCCCCCGACGAGAAACGAUGCAACGUACGCUGGGACCACGAGACCACCUGUAAGUACUAUCUCUGUGGAUUCUGCCCUGCAGAAUUAUUCACAAACACCCGGUCUGACUUGGGUCCCUGUGAAAAAAUCCACGAUGAAAACCUUAGGAAAAUGUAUGAGAAGAGCUCCCGGUUCAUGAAGGAGGGCUAUGAGAGGGACUUCCUGCGCUACCUGCAGUCUCUCCUGGCCGAGGUGGAGAGGAGGAUCCGCAGGGGCCACGCCCGUCUGGCCCUGUCGCAGGCCCAGCAGGCCGCAGGACAGGGGCCUGGUGGUCCUGUGGGGAAGAACGAGGAGAAAGCUACAGUCCUGACAGAGAAGAUCGAGGACCUAGUCAUGCAGAUCGAGGAGUUGGGCUCUGAGGGCAGAGUGGAGGAGGCCCAGGGGAUGAUGAAACUCGUGGAACAGCUAAAGGAUGAGAGGGAGCUGCUCAGCUCCACCCCCUCUACGAUUGAGACCUUUGCGGCCCAGGAGAAACAGAUGGAGGUGUGUGAGGUGUGCGGGGCAUUCCUCAUUGUGGGAGACGCCCAGUCCCGGGUGGAUGACCACCUGAUGGGCAAGCAGCACAUGGGCUACGCCAAGAUCAAGUCCACUGUGGAGGAGCUCAAGGAGAAGUUAAAUCGGCGAUCCGAAGACCCCGCCGGAGAAGACAAGGGAGAGCUAGAAAGCAAGGACUGGGAGCGUGAGAGGGAGGAGAGGGAGACUAAGCGCAAGUUGGAAGAGGAGGAGAAAGAGAAGGAGAAGGAGAAAGAGCGUGAGAAGGAGAAGGAGAAAGAGAGGGAGCGAGUGAAGGAGCGGGAGAGAGAGAGGGAGCGAGAGAGGGAGAAGAGAGGAAGGAGGAGCCACUCGAACAGCCGCCACUCCAGCCGAGCGUCGGACCGUAAGAAGAGUCGUUCCCGGGAACGCCGGCGGUCCAGGAGCAAGGAGAGGGAGCGCAAACGUAGCAGCCGGGACAGGGACCGGGAGAGGCGGCGCAGCCGGGAGCGUUCGGACAGGAAACGGCGCUCCCGCAGCCGGGAGAGGAAGAAGUCCCGCAGCUCAGAGCGCAAGUCUCACCGCCACCGGAGCCGCAGCCGGGACAAGGACAGGACGUCCAGAGACAAAGAGCGUAAGGAGCCGGAGGAGAGGAGGAGCAGCUCCAAGAAGGACGAGGUGUUAAAGGAAGACAAGCCUUCCUCUGACGUGGCCAAGCCUGGGCCUGUGGAGGCUGAGGCUCCUGCCUCCACUCUGGGCCUGGCCCUUCUGGCCAGGGUCAACGGGGCUGCUCAAGACGACCUCCAUUCUGAAGGUGACACUCAGUCCAAUUAAAACUGAUCUGAUAGGACCUCAGAUCAGGCUCAGGGGACGCUGGGAAAUCUGGAGGAGGAAGAUCUGAAGACCACCUGUCGCUCCACCCUGAACCUGUCUCUGCGCUGCUUAAAACAAGGUGAACCACAGAUGUAGUGGCUUAUUAAAACAACUGUGACAUCUAAAUCACAACAAAAGACACGUGUGUAAAGGUGCCCUCUGUUGUCCUCCUGUUUUUUUUUUUUGAAGAUCACAUUUUUAGCGCAGGACCAGACAUUCUUCAUUCAGUUUUACGUUGUAUUUCUUUCCUUCAUCGUUUCUGAAAUAAAGGACCUUGUCUAGUAGCUGCUGAGGCUGAAUGAUACAUUAAGGCUUUUAUCUAUGUUCUGUUUCUCAUGCAGUUUUUAUGACAAAUAAAUUGUUUUGGUUUGUAAUGUCAGGUUUCCACGAUUUGACUUUUUGGGGGAAAAUUAGUUGUAAAAUCAGUUCGAGAAGUGUUUGUACAAUGUUAGUCAGGAGCAUCUCUCUCUUCUCUCUCCUUCCCACCCACCAGAUCUCACACCCACUGACUGAUCUCUCUAGCCCCUUACUGUAAAAUAUAGUGAGAUUUAAUUGAGCUUUUUUUGUUUUGAUUUUAAAACUUGUUCAUCUUGAUCAAUAAAAAGAGAGCUUGAAUGAUG